AUGCCAGUGAUUGUUACCGAGACCUACUGGGCGCGACGCCCCGACCAAGUUGUGUGCACAUCCACUGCCGCCGCCUGGGAGCUUCGCGCCAACGGCCAGAAAUGGACGGGCACCAGCCCGCAGGGCUGCACCGCUGUCAACAUCCCCAGGGGCGCGACGAUUAGCUGGUCGGGAUCAUCGGGCGCUCGGACACUGCAAGUAUACAACGUGAAAGGACGUUGUUCGCAGGUAUAUCGAACCGUGCAGGGAGUGGGUGAUAUCAAUGCUUCGAACAACAUUUACGGAUUUGUGGUGAAGGCUUGA